CCGCAGAAAAGCAAUCGUACUCGAUGUCCAUAGCACGCUUGGUGCUUUAAAAGAAGCGCGCAAGAUGUGUGGAUUUGCCACAACACACGCGCUUUUCAUUCACUCCAAGGAUUUAAUCCACCCCGCAGAUCAUUCACAACUUCUUCCUUCCUCUCAAACAUUAUCACAAGAUGCCUGCUGUAGAACGUAACACAUCUGUUGCCUGCACUGUCUGCGAUAAGGUUAUAAGCCGCAAGGCAGAUCUUCCGAGACAUAUGCGGACGCAUGCUGAAGACAAGGAAGCUCUUAUGCAUGCAUGCCCAUUCCCUAACUGCGAUCACAAGACCCUCCAAAAGUCCAACAUGCUGACGCACAUCAGAACCCACACCCGUGAAUUCUCCAAGACCUGCCCUCACCCUGGGUGCGCGUUUGCCACUACAGAUCCAGGCAGCUUGACGCGUCACCGCAAGGUACUACAUGGAUACGAGCCCAAAGCGCGUUGCAGACCCGGUGGCAAAGCUGCUCGGCGGUCCGCCGCCGCGCCUUACCCCUCUACUCAAUUUAUGAAGCCAGAGGCAGAGAUUCCUGCAUCGCUGGAUCUCAAUGAGCCAGCAUUUCCCGAGCUCGCAGGCCUCGUUCGCUGCGAUGCGCUCUCACCCGCUGAGUCCAGCGGUUCUGGUAUCCCCCAAAUCUCAGGCGAGCUCGACGAACUCCCCUGGGAGCGACUCUUCCCCGACAUCCCCGUCGAGGCCUUCACCUCCGUUUAUGAUCAGCCCUCUCAGCUCCCCAUCCCCACCUCCAACUACUACCAGCCUCCGACUGUCCCUGCCGGUCCUUCCACUCUCCACAUGCCGCAGUUUGACCCGGAGCUGUCCUCCAAUGUCAACUAUCAGCAGCCCGUUCCAGAUAUGCCAGCUGAACUGGACGAGUUUUUGCAGAAAUACGGCUCAGGGUUCUUUGAAGGCCGCUGCGAGUACCCGGACAGUGCAACGUAUUCGAUGGCCCAGCCCUCGUUUACGAACGAACACAACGCCGACUGAAAUCUUCACUAUCAUCUUUCAUCUCAUUGUCAUACUACCCCGCAUCAUCAUUAGCAUUGGCAUCAGCAUCACAAUCUUAUGUGGAAUUCAUCAUUAUCAUUAUUGAUCAUUUAUAUCAUACCACUUGCAUUUCUUAUACAUAUCUUCAUCCGGACUUUUAGGAUUGCGACCUUCAACUUGUAAAUUACAUUAUGUAUAUUAAUUCACGAAUAUCAUGACUAUGGAUUGGGAC